AUGAAACAGCAUUUUAUUGGUCCUUAGACAGAUGAUUCUGUCCAAACAUUUGGAGUAGGUUCAAUAAUAGGAACUAAGUUUAGACUAGAAGAAAAAAUUGGUUAGGGGUCGUUUGGUAUGAUUUUUAAAUGUAUAAAUAUGGAAACGCAAGAAGUGUUUGCAAUCAAAUUAGAAAAGCGUAACCAAAGGCAUUCUAGUAUGCUCGUGAGAGAAAUAAAAGUUAUGAUGGAAAUGAAAAAUGAUAAAGGUUUUGCUAAGAUGUAGACUUAUGGAAAAGACGAAGAAUAUAAUUAUGUUGUAAUGUCAUAUUUAGGAAGGAAUAUAGAUUCGCUCCUUAAGAAAUGCGGAGGUAAGUUUUCUACUUAAACUGUUGUUAAUUUAGCAGAUUAAAUGAUUAGUCGCUUAGAGGCAUUGCAUAAUAAAAACUUAAUACAUCGUGAUAUAAAACCAGAAAAUUAUGUUAUAGGCUACGGUUCUAAUUUUACUGUAGUACAUUUAAUUGAUUUUGGAUUAGCUAAAUACUAUAAGGAUUCUGAUGGAAACCACAUACCUUUUAUAGAAAAGAAAGGUAUGAUAGGAACAGCGAGAUAUGCUUCAAUUAAUGCUCAUUUAGGUCAUGAGUAGUCAAGAAGAGAUGAUUUAGAAGCAUUAGGUUACGUUUUGCUGUAUUUUGCAAAAGGAAAACUACCCUGGCAGAAUAUAUAUGCAGACACUAAGGAUGAAAAAUACGAAAAAAUUAAGGCUAUGAAAUAGUAGUAUACCCUUGAGUAACUUUGCGAAAAUCUUCCUAAUGAGUUUGUAUAGUACUUUUAGCAUGUUAAAUCUUUAGAAUUCGAAGAAGCUCCUAACUACGCAAUGUUAAAAAAGCUUUUUGCAAAGAUGGCAGCAGAUAAAAAAUUAGAAAAUUAGAUUAAUACUCUUGAUUGGGAGUCUUUACCAGACUAUAGGCAAAGAAAAAAAUACCAAACAGUUGCAGCAUUUGGAGUACAUUCAAAGAGUUAGAGCUAGACAAACAUAAGUAACAACAACAUUAAUGUUUCUCCAGUUUAGAAUUAAGCAAACAAGAAAUUAGAUGAAAAAGAUAAAUUAAAUAACAAAAACAAUAACAAUAAUAGCAAUAGUAAUAGUAAUUAAUAAAAAUAACAAUAGCAGUAACAAAUGUAAACAAUACCAGCAAACUAAAAUAACAAUGCAGAUAAAUAGUAAACAAAAUAGGAUACUAAAAAUCAAAAUAGUAAUAAUAAUAAUAAUAAUAAUGGCUCUCCUAGUCCAAGUCAAAAAAGCACUCAAAAUAUAGCAAAUUAACCAUAAGGUUAAAAUGUUAACAAUUAAAAAAGUAACAAUAAAAUAGAAACACUGUAGUUAAUAAAAUUAGAAAAUUCCUAGUUAAAUAUUAAUUCUCAUGAUAAAUUAGGAAGUUACAGUAAACAAAACCAUGAAGAAUUUAAUGAAACUUCUUUAAACAAUCUUGGUAUUCCAAGCAGGUAAGAACCAAUGUCGAACUUAAAUCCUUUAGCAUAGAAUUAUUUGAAUGUGCCACACAAUGAAAAAGUUUCAGUUAUGAGCGCAAAUAGUGGUGGAACAUCCAAAUUAAAUAAUUAUCCAUUUUCUGAAAGUGAAGAUGUAACAGACGAAGAAAGCAUUAAAGUCGCUGGGCUUAUAUCUAAGGAAAAUAGUAUAUUAAAUCCUCAUUAAAUGCUUUAAGAUAUCCGUAUUCGUACAAGCUAGCUUCACGUUACAAAAGGAUCCCAUCACGAUUUAGAAGAAACUCCUAAACUCCCUUCUAGUAAACCUAGCAAACCUGGGUAUCACCCUCCUUUACUAAUUGGGUCAGAAAAAAAUAUAAAAGAUUUUAAAAAAAUGGGAACUUACAUGGGAGAGAAUGUAAGUGAUUUAAAUAGUGACAAUAAUCGUGAUAUUAAAAUAUUCGAAGUAAAAAGUGCUUUUAAAAUGGGUAAAAAGUGA